AUGUCUCAUACGUUCACAGCAACGGCGCAUGCUACACCCGCAGCUCAUUGGCUUACUUGCUUGUCAAGACCGCCGCCUUACACCGCGCCUGUGAUCAUCGAAGACAUGUCGGCGACCCGCAGCACUGGCUUCGGUCCGACGCCUGCAACUAACAGCAUUAUCGACGCUUUCAAGAAAGCUCCGCAAAAAGAGCUCACAUCUGGAACGUUCGCAGAGAACACGGCCGCAGCCAACAACAAGAACGAUGGCAACAAGGUCAUCUCCGUACUGAUCUUCGACGAGAACCACCAAGCAACAACGACCACGCCAUGCCACAGGAAGUUUCGCUUCGCGUCUGUCGACCUAUUGGACACCUGGAAUUACCAUGCGCAGGCUCCAGAAAAGAAAGCUUCCAUCGAGAAGAAUCAUGAAGGAACAGGAGAUCAGGCCACGCAAAAGGUCGAAGGAGAGACGUCAGAAGCCCACUUGACCCUUGCAGAACAGCCUGCGUAUGUGAAGGCUCCGGAAACGAAAACCUGCAUCGAGAAGGAGCGUCAAGGAACAGAAGAUCAGGCCAGAGGACCACCUGCGGAUGUGAAGGCAGGGAAGUUUCGCCGCAUGUCGGCCAACCUGUCACAGGCUCCGGAAACGAAAGCUUCCACCGAGAAGAAGCACCAAGGAACAGAAGAUCAGGCCACACAAGAGGCCCCGAUGCCUUGUCUGGGGGAGCGAAUCAUGGUCAUCAAAGAGCCAUGGUUGCAACUCAUCCUCAACAAGCUGAAAACGAUGGAAAUUCGACGCAGUCCCGCCGAACCGGGAAAGACAUGGCUGGCAUUCGAUGGCCAAGUGUUCGGCGCGGCAUACAUCUCUCACUGCGUCCAGAUCACACGUGAGGAGUUCGAAGCCACCAGGGAGCAGCACCAACACUUGGGAGACAUGCCCCCCCACGCAAAGGUCUACGCACUCACGCUGCAGAACAUCGUCCGACUGGAGUCGCCGGUCCCGCACUACCGGCCGCCAACGACAGCACCCUGGACGAUCUUUCGCACCGAGCCUGCCGAGAAAGUCAGAGGGCCAAAAAGGAAGAGAGCCCUCCAGGCCUCACAAGAAGGGUCUUCAGUCCUGCCGAUUCAGGGCAUGACCCUCCACGAGACCCCGUCAGAACAAGAAGCAGGAAGUCCGACCUGCUCCGUCAUCUCAACGCCAGACAAGGAUGGCGAGAAAGACGAGCCCACGGCCAAAAAGCAAGAUGCGAAGGACAAAGACAAGGAGAACGACACCAUGCGCCGAUCCAUCAAGUCGAUCCGCGAUGCAGAAAGCACAGGUCAGGAGGACAACAUACGCGAGGCAUACCAAGCCUUCGGCGAUACUACGCACGCCAUAAAGAUUCGACCAAAAUGGCUGCGAGAAAUACUCUCAGGAACCAAAACCGUGGAACUGCGACCAAUGCGCUGUCCGAUGAGCCUGCUCAUGACGAAGAUCAGCUUGAUGGAAACAGGCACCAAGCUCAUCCGAGGGACAGCAUUGAUAGGCAGCUCGCGUCAUCUCACAAAAGACGAAAAGAGCCGGUUCUCCAACAUCUUGCAGGAGCUCAACUACAACCCCAACAAGACCUACGCAUGGACCUCACAGGAGGUGCAAGAACACUCCCAUCACUUCCAGGCACGUGUCAAGAAGCCGGAGAAAACGCAAACAUGGCGAAGCGACUCCGUUGUAGACAAGCUUGACGGCAAAAAGCCGAAAAAGGGAAGCGCCGUACAAUGCUCUUUGAAGGCUCAUCUGCUGAUCCGCCGCCAGAACAUGGCCCAACAUGUGCCGAAGAGCCCGACUGCCACACCGAGCCGCCAAAGCCCAAGAGGAGUGGAGCCACCAGUCAAAAUCGGAUCAGUCGUUGUGUCACUGCCCUCUGGCCGAAGCACAGACAUAGAGGUGUACCAUGGCACAACAGUACGAGCUUUGGCCAUGACAGCUUGGCGCCGACUAACCACAGUCCCUACCUUGUGCCCUGCCGAAGCGCACUUCACGGUGGCAGAUUUCGAACUCAUGGGCAGAAGCCAGCCGAAUCUCGCCCUCGUGAGCAGCGACGGUGAACGCUUACAUCUCGACAGCGCCUUCUGGAACUUCGUCCGACCAGAAAUGACACUCACCUUGGCUCGAAACUUAGCACAAUCGGAGCCGCCAAGCCCUCUCGAAAAGUCCCCAAAACAGCCCGACCGCCGUUAA